AUGACAAAUAUUCUUGUUUCAAAAGUAACAAAGAGUUGGGUCAGACAUCAGAUAAGCAGUAAUCUUAAACGUGUCGGACGUUUCGGUCACACGGCCACGGUGGUUGGUUCAAAAAUGUAUAUAUUUGGUGGCCAAGCAAAUGGAUAUUGUUUAAAUGAUCUAGUGGUGUUCGAUAUAAAAUCAAUCAACACGUAUGGUGCUCGGUUGGAGGCCAUUGUACCCCAAAAUGAACCCCCGCCGGAAAGAGCGGGACAUAUCGCCUGCGCUUGCUAUGACAAAAUUUAUAUGUAUGAGCUGUUCGAUAAAAUAUUGUUUGAUUUUGCGAAAAUUUGCUUACAGCUGAAAUGGAUCCUUUUCUCUAGAUUUGGUGGUUUUAACAGAGAUAAAUUUUACAAUGACACAUGGUGUUACGACAUACCAAGCAACACAUGGACUAAAUUGCAGUGUAAUGGCUAUAUACCUUUUCCCCGACAUGAACAUUGUGCUGUCAACAUUGAUGAUAUGAUAUACGUUUUCGGUGGUAUUAGCAAGGAAGGGCAGGAGUUGGGUGAUUUGGCUGCUUUUGGCUUAAAUAAUCAACGAUGGUAUAUAUUUCAGAAGAUGGGAAUUUCACCGUGUCCUCGAUUUAGUCAUACUAUGAGUUCAGCUCGUGAAAAGAUUUUAAUAUUUGGAGGCGAUUGUUUACAACCUUCCAAACCCGAUGAAGAUGGCAUCAUUAACAUAUUGGACACCUCUAGAAUAAAAUAUCCGACCGCAAAUCAAACACCUGGACGGACACCUCAACAAAUGACACAAAAACCACAGCCUUCAUCAAGGCCUCCAUCUAUUCAGGCUACCAGGCAAAUCACCAAUGGGCAAAUAAACCACGAGGAUGGUAUGUUCCAUCAUCAUCAAUCGUCCUCUGGAUCUGAGGAUAUACGAGGAUUCGGUUCCGAAGGAGGAAUGGGUUUUCCGAGACCCAUUCAGGACAUUAUGGUGAAUGACAAGGUAUCUUCUUCACGAGUAAUGCCGGAAACACCUGAUGCAAUUGGCUCUCAGAGUCCAUCACCGUAUGGAAUAAAUCAAAAUCAAGUGAAUCAGUGGGGGGUUCAAGCUUAUCCUAAACAUUCUCAAAACGACAGACCUGAACAAGUUAGAUAUAUGGAAAAUUCGGCGUUCGAAAACUCCCGAGGAAAUCCGUCUGAACAGUUACAUCACAUGGAAAGGGAUGCUACGGAUUCGCCUCGGCCAACUUCACCUCCCUUCUCUCAAAAGUCCGGUGCGGAUAAUAUUCGCGACGGAACGCCAUCCCCUUCACUUACAUUCGGUCAAAUGGAAAAGAAAUCUAUGAUGCCUAUAUCGAUGAACGUGGCUGGAGACUUUUCUAAUCCUAGACAAGCUCCAAAACCUCCCUUGCCUUAUGGUGAUGUUACCACGUCGCCACCAUUAUCUCCGGUCAGUUCGAAUAGUCUUACGUCUCAAUCUUUCGACACCCUUGAUCAUUUUCCGGUCCCGGUGUCAAAUGUGGACCGGGACAAACUCAUACGUGAGAUUCAACAGCGCGACGCUCAAAUUUCUAUUUUUAAGAAGCGCGAGACGUGGUUAAAAGCAGAGCUGUCUCUAGCCAGACAAGCAGGGUAUACCCCAGAACCUGAUCGAUCUAGCAACGUUCCGGAGGGUAUUGACACGGAGAAGUAUAUGGAUAUCGGCGAAAAUGGUUCUGAUAAGCAUAAGGUGGUGCUGGCGAUUGUUCGAUUAAAACAGGAAUUGCGAAAAGCAAAAGCUACGAUCGCAAACCAAGCUCAAGUUUCUUCGCAAAAGAUAACGGAUGCAGAACGUGCUCGUACAGCAGCUCUGCAGGAAGCCGCAUACUUCAAGGCCAAGCUCACUGCUCUGGCGAACGCUUCCGAAUCUGAACUCGCUAGUAUAGAGGUUGAACGCGCCUCAGACCUAGAAAAGCGCUUGACACAAGCUCUUACCGAAAAAGAAUCGUUGCAGAACAAAUUAAUUCAGUAUCAACAAUCCUCAACAUAUGACAAGAGUUCCCGAGAGGCUGCUGAGGGAAGAGCGAAAACGGCCACGGCGCGAGCUGAAGAGGCCGAAGAAGCUCACGCACGAGCUCUUGCCGAAUUGGCCACCUUACAUUCGCGGGCAACUACUGCCGAAUCUCAACUAAGAGAGAAUAACAUUAAAAUGACGGAGCUUUCGUCAGAGCUUGCUCAGUACAAAUCAGGAUCAGAUAGUUCGCGCAACCAAAUAACUAAACUUCAACAAUCAUUGGAACAACAUCAGCGGGCACUUGAAAAAGCUAAUAAUGCUCUUAUCGCCGCUAACGAACGAGCGGUUGAUGCAGAGGCAUUAUGGCGAGAAGCUCGCGAGGAUAUUGUUGCGCUGGAGAAAGAGGAAGCUGCCCUGCGUACUGAAUUAGACCUUAAAAUGCGUGAUUUGGAACGAGCACAAUCGAGGGCAAAGGAAUUGGAAAGGUUGUUGGCAAAAGCUCAAAAGGAGGCGGAUAGCGUUCGCGCAAUGAUGCAAGAAGGUAUGACGGAACUCUUGAAUACCUCUCGUAACGAAGGAGGUUCGUCUGAAGCGGCCGAGAAAAUUGCUCAGCUCGAGCAGGAAAUUGCGGCACUUAGGAGUUCACAAGCGGAAAGUCAGAAAGUCGCCCAGGAAGCCACCAAUUCAUUUUCAGAUGCAAUGAUCAAAAUUUCACAAAUGGAAGGAGCCGCCAUGAAAGUUCGUUCCGAUGCAGCUGCGCUUCAGCGAAAAUUAAUCGAAGCGUCCGACGAAACCGCCAGAACUAAGGAGCGACUGCGAGAGAAAGAACACCUCUUGGAGGAGAAGACACGUGCUCUCGAAAAUGCAGAAGUUAAAGUUGGUAUGAUGCGCGACGUAAUUUCAGAUACGGGAAGAUUAGAGGACGGCGGCAGGGGCAGCAAAAUUAAAGAACUGGAGACACGUUGCGCGGAGCUCGAGUCUAUUCACAGUCAAACCAGGAAUGAACUCAAGGCAUCUAAUCAGAAAUAUCAAGAUACAUUGCGAAAAAUUAAAGAAUUUGAGAGCAAGAAUAAAGUGCUGGAAGAAGAAUUGGAACGCGUUAGCAACAAUACAAGUUCGAUACACACAGCUCCGGAUAUAACUAUUAGCAGCAACGAUUUUGAGGAAGAUUUGAAGGCCGCGGAACAAAAAGCUAUCGAGAGUCAACAGGAGCUCAAAGAGGUAAAGGAAAGGUUGCAUCAAGUCGAAUCAGACUAUCAGACCGCGGUACACUAUGUCAAGGGUACGGAAAAAAUGCUGAGACGAAUGAAAGAUGAAUUAACAAAGAGUAAAAAGGAUGUCGUCAGGUUGACUGAGAGAUUGACGACUGCUCAGGAACGCAAUGAAAAAUUAGAGGAGAACCUCGCUGAGGCUGAGAACAAUAAUUCUGUUCGCAAAGGUUAUAGGGAAUCUCAACUCCAAGAGUACGCGAAUCAGAAGCUAGAGGAACAACGCGAAGAAUUUAUGAAGGAAAAGGAACAACUAGAACAACAGAUAGAACAAUUGCAGAAACAGCUCGAACGUGCGCAAGAUGAAAAGAAUAUGAUGGACCAAGAAUAUGAGGUACUGCGUAAGGCAUAUGAAGAAUUAAGAAAGGAAAACGAGUCAGUGAGAAAAUUGGAAAUUCAGCUGAAGGAAAGAUUGCAAAAUUACGAGGAAACACUGAAAAACAGAGAGUCAGAAUUAGAACAGGCACGUUCUUCAUAUUAUCAAGUUGGUCAAGAUGGCUUGACAGGUGAUCGACGGAAGUGGGAUGAACAACGUGUAAUGCUUGGUCGAGAGAUCGCCGAAUAUCGGGCCGCGAAUGAUAAGCUUGAGAAAGAGAAUAUCGACCUGGAACAGAAAUUGAAAGAAUCAGAAAAUAAGAUCUCAAUCUUAUUGGAUCAGAUGGAACACGCGGUUGAUACCUAUCGAGAGAUUGAAGUUGACAUAAGAGAUUCUAGUCCACGUAAUUCAAAUGCCAUUAGUUCCUUAGCGAGCGAACUAGAUAUGCUUAAAUCUCAAUGGGAUAUGUCACACCAUGAGUCAAGUCUAAGUGGCAACGAGUUUAUUGACUCGCGAUGGAGUAGAUUACCUGACGGAAGAAACGAAGAUCUACAAAUACCGUCAGGAAUGGAGGGAUUCGAUGAAAUGAUGGCAGCAUUGGAUGGAUUCCAAAAGGUUGCGGCUCAAAGGAAGAUAGGACAAUUUGAGACUGUUAAAGAUAUAAUAUGA